AUGGCGACGCAAAAACCAGCACGAGUUGCUCCGAGAAAUAUUCAAUUUAAAGAUAAUGUGGAUAUCAGACAAAUUCCACGAAAUGACGAGGGUGGACAAGGUUUUGAUGGGCAAAGUUGGGAUCCAAAUUUACACAAUAAAGGUGUCUUCAACGAUAAACCCAAAAAGCAGAAAAAAGUUGUUAUUGCCAUUGUUGCAGCUGGUAUUACUGUUCUGGCAAUUGUAAUUGCAGUUGUCGUUGGUGUGGUAGUUAGCCAGAAAUCAUCGACUGCCAGUGAUAACUCGCUUUCAUAUAAUCAAGCGUGCAGCCCAGGUUCAAAUCAAUGCAUUUCAUCGAAGGGUCUCUAUUGUCCAAAUGGAUUUUGUGUGUGCAGUUCGAGUACAACGUGGAAUCCAACGAAUAGUACAUGUGCCUAUUUGAAAUAUAAUAACAGUUGUACAUCAUCAAGUCAAUGUGAUUCGUCGUUACAACUUGUUUGUACUAAUGGUCUUUGUAAGUGUAAUGGCUAUUACACUUAUAAUGCGACAAACAGUGCCUGUGCACUAAUCCUUAAUAACACACUGACGUAUGGUGAUGCAUGCGUAUCUGGUUCAAGCCAGUGUAAAUCAUCAGUUGGCCUUACAUGUAGCACUGGUAAUUGCACAUGUACCGUGACAAAGGCAUGGAAUGUAUCAGCAUGUUCAUGUCCAUCGGGUACAUUUCUAAAUUCAUCAAGUCUUUGUGAAACACAGCGUAAAUAUAACGCGUCAUGCGUAGUUGGAUCGAUGCAAUGUGAUUCGAAUCGAGGUCUUUCUUGUAAUAACAGCCAAUGUGUAUGUGACACAACUAACUAUUGGAAUUCUAACUUUGAACAAUGCUAUGCACGGCUUAACUAUUCCGAAGCCUGCUCAUAUGACAGUGAUUGUAUUCCAACAUUAAGCUGUCCAACGGUGGCAGGUGUAUGUAACUGUUCACGAUACUUAUCAGAUUAUACAUGUAAUUGUGCUAACACUCAAUACUUUGAUCCAGCUUUGAAUCAAUGCGUCAGUCGCGCUUCGUAUGGUGGUUCAUGUACAGCAUCACUUAAUUAUACAUGUCUUUUAUCGCUUCAAUGUCCUUCGGGAACAUGUAAUUGCCCGACAGGUACAAGUUGGAAUGCCACAGCCACAGUUUGCAAAUAG